CGUAUUUUGGGCACACCCAGAUAGAUCAGAGCACCGGCCGCAAAAUUAGGGCGCACCGCGAUUCCUUAGCCAAAUUGAAGAUGAGGAGAAUUCCUCUGCUGCAUUACUGUUCCAAUGCUAUUCGCUUUAGCUCAUGCUUUGCUAUUUCCCGUUCUGUUUCGGCAUUUACAACCAGAGAUUGUUCUUCUUCUCAUAGUAAUACAUCCAUUCCGCCAAAGGGUAAAAUUGGGGUAGCUAGCAGGUUUGAGAACGUCAAGUGUUUAGAUGAAGCUGUGAGUCUAUUCCGUCGAAUGAAUGGACUUGUUGAGAAAGCUAUGUUGCUAUUUCAUGAGUUGGAAAAAAAGAGAGAAGAUAUUGAUAUUGAACUUUACACUGUUACUAUUGACGGAUUGUGCAAAAAUGAUUUAGACGCACGCUAUUCAAACUUCAAUGACAUCAUCAUCCAUUCAAUUAUCGACAUGGAUGUUGACGUGAUCACCAUCGCGACCUUCAGGUUAGGAUCAGCAAGAUCCUUGCAGUCGUUGAUACAAAUAUCCUCUGGGGUAACCCUGUCUAUAGCUUCUGGACGCACAAGUAUACUGAAGUUAAGCCUGCACUCAGCAACUUGGUUGCAGCUGCUAAUCUCCUCCGCGAACAGUUGGCCAGCACCAAAGGAACCUUGCCAGGGCAUUGACAAUGACGACAAGGCAAACUCUACUGGAGAUUUGGAGGGAUGGAGGGCUCAAGGGACUGUUUACUGGAGUAGGACCUCGUGUUGCUCGUGCUGGUCCCUCUGUCGGAAUUGUGAUUUCAUUUUACGAAGUUGUCAAAUAUAUGUUACACCACCAAUAUGCUUCUUCAUAAAGAGCUUAGUCAGGUUAAUUAGGUUUCUUCUUACCGACGCCUUUGGAUCGAGCAAUGGUCACCGGUUUAGCUUAGUUGUGCCAUGAAGGUACGCUGGAUAGAACACGGGUGUGCUCUAAUGAGGAUAUGGUUGCACGCGCAAAAGGAGCAGUUUUGACAAUGGUAGAUUACCCUUACAGGUUAGCUGGUAGAAAAUAAUCACUCUUCUUUGCUUCCUAACCAAUUUUGGUUGGUUUUUGGGCAAUUCUGUCGUUGGACGAAGAAGAGAUUUUGAUAAAACUUUAAAUGAGCAAUUUUUCCUGAGGUGUCCUCAGUUAUCAUUAGAUUAUUUAAGUUCUUUAUUGCUUCUCAAGAAAAGUUCUUUAACAUUUUAUUUUCCGAUUGGUAUCGGGGAUCUCAGCUAAAAAAUGUAAACUUUUUCAUCGAUGCUCUUUUGCAUUACCAUCAGAAUCGUUUUAUUAUUUUACUGAAGUGCCAGGUAUUCCGAGUCUAUCGUAAGAAUUGAUCUCCUGCAAUUAGCUUUAAAUCACUAUUCAUAUAGGCGGAACUUGCAAGAGUGUAUUCUGAAUCUGCAAGGUGGAGAAGUGCAUUGAGAUUUGAGGUCAGGAGGAACUUGCAAGAGUGUGGAGGAUGGAAUCUCUCUCUUUCUUGUCUAUUUCUAUAAAGGAUGAUGUUUUCUUAAUGCAUGUAACUCUUAUUGAUCAA